AGCUAUAAAGUAAAUCGUGCUUAAAUUUUACAUAGACAAAGAUUCAGUUAUUGUGUAGUAUUAUACGUACAGAAGAAAAUUUUAUCUUGGUUUAGGUGUUAUUAUCAGACCGCCUUAACCAUCGCUCAUCCGUUCCGAAAAUUCAUGUGAUGCAAUCUUCCUCAAAGUGUAUUCUUGGAAAUAAGUAAAUGACCCGUGUCCAUAAAUUACUUUUUCUUUUGAGGUUGAAAUCAAAAUUAAUCAGUUUUGAUGAUGCUCGUACGACCUUAUGCAUACGAUUACAGUAUACUACGUAGCAUCGCACAUUAAAUGGCCUCAUAGCGAUACGAGCGACCCUGCUACAAUGAUUAUUUGCUUCUAAGGCACAAAACUUUCAACAUAUAACAUUAAUACAUCAGUAGUCUUUCUGUCUGUUUUCCUCGCACACGGCCAUAGAGUUCUCUUGUGGCAAACAUCGCAGUCAUAUAUUUAUAUCAGUCAUCGUUGCCCUAAGUGGAGCGUCACAAGGCGUAUAUAAUUUUUGGAAAAUUUCUUUAACUAACUAAGAUGUUUGGAUUAAUAUUGGUCGGAUGGAUAUUAAUUUUCGUUAAUGCAUUACGGGCGCAAGAUAUAACUUUUCCAAAUGAAACUACCAACACAAAUUUCGGGCAACAUGUACAACUCACAAACGAAUCAACUUCAUGUCCAUUGAACAUGAAGUUGUACUACAACGAGGAAGAGGAUAAUCAAUUCUGUGAUUGCGAUUUAGGAUUCAUCUAUUAUCCGCCAAACAAUUCCUGCUAUUUGCCAUACAGAAAGGGUCCCUGUUCGUCGAGAAAAUAUCUUAUACUCGGACAGGAUGAAGCGGUUGCAAGGUGUAAGAAAAAUCCUUGUCUAACGGAUGGACUUGUAAUGUUUAACGGUACUUGUCACGAGCUGGGGAAGUCUGGUACUGUUUGCAACGCCAGCAAGAUUCUUGGGGUCCAUAACGAUGCAUACAGCAUAGGAUGUAUUGAGAUUACAUUUCCAAACCGGAACAUAAUAUCGGCACCACUGAGAGCUUGUAGACCAGGAACACGUCGGGUGGCGAAUGGCACGUGCAGGACAAUUUUGUGAGAAAGGUCAAGAAUUGAUUUUUGUUAAAAAAAAAAGAAAAAUGUUUAACAGUCAAAUAGAUAGACACAUAUAGUGUUAUUUCCUCAAUAGGCUGUUCCUUCUCCAGGAGUCAAUUAAUUGUGACGAAUUAUUGUGAAAUAUCAAGACAGUCUGUAAUUUGAACAUAUAAAAGGUUAAAAAGUU